UCCUCAUGGAGAUUAUUUAAACACCGAUAAAGCUUCAAACCUGUUUUUAUUUCUACAUUUGUGUUUCCUUUGGGGAGACAGACGACAACAUGUUACCAACACGUGUGCUGAUCGUAGUGUGUUUAUUAGCUGCGUGUCAUGCAGACGGCUUCACAUUAAAGGAAGAAGAAGAUUUCAACCAGGAUGUUCUAGGAACAGACUUUCUCCGGCGGCGUCUGCAUCCUUCGUUCCUUUGUCCGGAUAUGAGUCCCUCUCCCACCGUCCCAACCUCAGUUGAGUUUGUGAAAGCUGCAGACGUGAAAGUCAUCGCCGCGCUGGGAGACUCUUUAACGACAGCUAUUGGUGCCAACGGUUCCACGAUUCUGUCGAUACCUUUUGAAUUUCGCCAAGUGUCCUGGAGCAUCGGAGGAUAUGGAACCUAUCAAAAUGUCAUCACACUGGCAAAUAUUUUCAGACUCUUCAGUCCCAGACUGCUGGGUCCAUCCCCCGCGAGGACCUUCCACGGUCAGCCAACGACCGUCAACGAGACCGGCUUCAACUUCGCUGUCACCGGCCACAACACGCUAAACGUCUCCGAUCAGAUACGACACAUGAUCGACACGUUCAAGUCUUAUCCAGGUCUGAGCUUCGAGGAGGACUGGAAGGUGGUGACGAUGCUGAUCGGCAUGAACGACAUCUGUGACUACUGUAAAGACAAAACUCUGUUCUCUCCCGACAACUUCAUUCACUACAUGACCGAAGCUCUGGACACGAUGAUGAAGGAGAUCCCCAGGACCAUCGUGAACGUGGUGCAGAUUCUCUCCAUGAAGCCUCUCAGAGACGUUCAGAGGCCGACUCUGGGAUGUCAGCUACAAAAGAGUUUCUGCUCGUGUCUCGUUCAACCUGAAGAAAACUCCAGCGAGCUGAAGGAGCUGGUUGAGAUUAACACUGAAUUCCAGAGGAGAUUAGAGAAGCUUCUGCACGGAGAGCGCUUCUUCAAAAAGGACUUUGCUGUUGUUCUGCAACCUUAUUUAGAGAAGGCAGAACUGCCACAACUUCCUGACGGGGCGAUUGACUUGAGCUUCUUCACCGCAGAUUGUUUCCACUUCACUGUUAAGGGACACGAGGAGCUGGCAAAGGGACUGUGGAACAACAUGUUCCAGCCGGUCGGAGAGAAAGAGGUGAUCGAGACAUUUUCAGAGCCGGUAAAACUCCUCUGUCCAUCAAAGGAGCAUCCUUACAUCUACACCCGACCCCGAGUGGAGUCGUCUGCAGCGACGCUGAAACGUUUCUCUGUGCCGCUGAUGUCUCUGCUCUCUGUGUUUAACUCUCUGUAGUCCAACAGGCUGAGCAAGGCACCAGCGCUGCCUGGAGUUGAGGGUUUGAUUCCCACCGGAGCCUCCAGUCCCACUAUGACUUCUUUUGUGUGAAAGAUUUUGUCAGUUUAAAACGCUUCAGGCGACAGUUCGCAUCUUCAAUGGAUUUAUUUUUUAUUAAAACCUUGACCAAUA